AUGGGGCGUAUGUAUAGCGAUGCAAGUGGAACGGAUUAUUCCAGCAGUGUGCAAGGACGGAUAGAAAUCACCAGAGAUAAUAGUAACAGCAUGGUUCAUCUGAGACUGUCCAACUUAAAGCCAGAGGACUCUGCUGUAACAAGUUCAGUAUUGACUCAGACUCUUUCAGCAGUUAAAAAGCCUGGAGAAUCCCACAAACUGACCUGUACAGCCUCUGGAUUCACAUUCAGCAGCUAUAGUAUGAAUUGGAUCAGACAGGCUCCUGGAAAAGGACUGGAGUGGAUUGCUUACAUCUACAGUGAUGGUAGCAGCUACAUCUACUACUCUCAGUCAGUUGAAGGCCGGUUCACCAUCUCCAGAGACAACAGCAGACAGCAGCUGUAUCUGCAGAUGAACAGUCUGAAGACUGAAGAUUCUGCUGUUUAUUAUUGUGCUCGACACUCACACACUGUGUCUCCAAAACCUCAGGCUGCUGCUCAGGGCCAGUCCCUCACCUCCUCAGAGCCGGUGGUCAACAGAGCUGGACAAUCAGUCACUCUGUCCUGUAAAGUUGAAGGACUUUCUCUUGCUUGGCUGCACUGGAUUCGUCAGAAAUCAGGGAAAGUACUGGAGUGGAUUGGACGCAUUGAUAGUGGGACUGGCACAAUAUUUUCCCAAAGUCUUCAAGGCCAGUUUUCCAUCACUAAAGACACUUCCCGAAAUGUUGUGUACUUUCAGAUGAUGGACUAUAGGACAGGACUGCUGCUUCUAACUAUCUGCUGGACAGGUGUUGAUGGUCAGACUCUGACACAAUCUGAACCAGCAGUUAAAAAGCCUGGAGAAUCCCACAAACUGACCUGUACAGCCUCUGAUCUUGACAUAAGUAGCUCUUGGAUGGCCUGGAUCAGACAGGCUCCUGGAAAAGGACUGGAGUGGAUUUCAAUUAUCGAAGAUGACAGUGACAGGAUCUACUACUCUCAGUCAGUUCAAGGCCGGUUCACCAUCUCCAGAGACAACAGCAGACAGCAGCUGUAUCUGCAGAUGAACAGUCUGAAGACUGAAGAUUCUGCUGUUUAUUAUUGUGCUCGAGACUCACAGUGA